AUGGAUAAUAGUAAAAAAUUAAAAUUUGUUUGUAUCUCAGACUCUCAUACUUAUGCUGAUUAAGUUUAACUGCCAUAAGGAGAUGUACUAAUUCAUGCUGGUGAUUUUACUUACACGGGUUGUCCUCAGGAAGUUUCUGAAUUUAAUGACUUUUUGAGAAACUCAAAGUUUGAAGUCAAGAUUGUAAUCGCAGGGAAUCAUGAGUUGACUUUUGAUGUAAAAAAUUAUGAACAAAAGCUCAAACCAAGGUAUAAAAAUCACGUUAAUUAAAAUUAUGAUCCCAAAUAAGUUAAAUCGCUGUUAUAAGACUGCAUCUAUUUAGAGGACUAGAGCUAUAAUCUUAAGGGCAUCAAUAUUUAUGGAUCACCAUAUAUUCAAUUAUAUUCUAAAUGGGCUUUUUAUCUAGAAACAGAAUAGGAGAGCAUCCAAAAAUGGUAAUAAAUUCCUACUGAAACUGAUAUUCUUAUAACUCAUGGAGGUCCUUAUGAAAUUAUGGACUUUGAGCCAAGCUCUCCAGAGUUGCAUGAAGGUGAUAAAUACUUAAAGCAAUAAAUUCUUGAGAGGGUCAAACCUAAAUACCACAUCUUUGGUCAUUCUCAUGGAGGUUAUGGCAUCAAAAAAAUAGAUAACACAACUUUUAUUAACUGUUCUAUCUUAAAUGAGUACUACUAAUUGGUCCCUUCUUAUCACAAACCUAUUUGUUUUGAUUAUGAAAUCUCAUCUGAAUGA